UCGUCCCUCGGGCCGCGGGCCCCACGGACAUGUCCAGCAUGAAUCCCGAAUAUGACUAUUUAUUCAAGCUACUUCUGAUUGGAGACUCCGGUGUUGGGAAAUCUUGCCUUCUACUUAGGUUUGCAGAUGACACGUACACAGAAAGUUACAUCAGCACGAUUGGUGUGGACUUCAAAAUCAGAACUAUAGAACUAGAUGGGAAAACGAUCAAGCUUCAGAUAGAAUUUGCAGAUUCCCUUGGAAUUCCAUUUUUGGAAACCAGUGCAAAGAAUGCUACAAAUGUAGAACAGUCUUUCAUGACCAUGGCUGCUGAGAUCAAAAAGCGAAUGGGUCCGGGAGCGACGGCUGGUGGUGCUGAGAAGUCCAAUGUUAAAAUUCAGAGCACUCCAGUCAAGCAGUCUAGUGGAGGUUGCUGCUAAAACUUGCCUCCUCCCUUUCCUCCUCCUCCUCUCCCCCUUUUGUCUCACAACAAUGAAUUUGCAAUCUGAACCCAAGUGAAAACAAAACAAAAAAAUUGCCUGAAUUGUACUGUAUGUAGCUGCACUACAACAGAUUCUUAACCGUCUCCACAAAGGUCAGAGAUUGUAAAUGGUCAAUACUGACUUCUGUUUGGGUUUGUUUUUUUAUUCCCUUGACUCAAGACAGCUUAACUUCAUUUUCAGAACUGUUUUAAACCUUUUUUUGUUGGUUUUUGUUUUGAUUUUUUUUUUUUGGUGUGCUGGUUCAUAAAAAGGUGUAAUCCUCCUUGCUCCUCCUUGAUAACCAGACUGUUUCCCUGUGGUUGGGUUAGGAUGUGUUUGUUUUUUUUUUUGUUUGUUUCAGUGUUUCCUAUCCAGGCAUGUUUAGCUUGUGUGGGGGGUUUAGUCUUUCUGAAGAUGAAGUUUAGCCAUUUUGUAUCAAAACAGCACAAACGGUGUUUGUCACUUUCCAUGCAGAAAAUUUAGUCAAGAUGUCUGUAAGAUCUGAUUAUUUUUAUUUUCUUUUUUUUUUUUGGCUAGUUCCUUCUUGUAGAAUUAUCAAUGGGAGAGAUCACACUUAUCUGAUUAAUAGUUUCUCUUCAUCCUCUGCAUAUAAUUUGUGGCUGCAGAAAAUAUUGUAAUUUGUUGCACAAAAAAAAGUAACAAAAAAACAAC